GAUGAGUGACUUUGAAUACUUGAUUGAGAAUAAGCUGUAUUAUUUAAUAAUUGUUAAAGAUGAAAUAGCUGGACUUGGAUUUGAAGAUUCGCUAACCAUUAAGCAAGUGCAUUUUGUUUUUAAUAAAUUGGUGGAAGAAGAAGAAGAAUUCAUGGAAAUGGCUUUAGAAUUAAAUCAAUCUGAUAAACAAAAACUAAAAGAUUUAUUUGAUAAAUAUCAUGAAUUAUUCUGUUGUAUUGUGGAAAUAUUAUUUGAUAUUAAUGAUGCAUUGUGUACAGUUCAUGAAAACUUGUUCUAUUAA